AUGUCAAAUCAGUACGCUUAUAACUCCGGUACCUCCGCAACCAAUUAUUCGAGUCAAUACUCGCCACCUUUAUCAAAUGGAUCGAUGACUAUGGGAGUUGGAAAUGGAGCCAAUACCAGUCCCACUUUCAACAAUACAUCGUAUGGAUCGGUGGAUUCGACGGGCUCGUCAGGAAUGAGUUCCUUGGGGUCACUGUUUACAUCGUCGUCGAAUUAUUCAUUUCAUAAUGCUCGUAUGAGAUGUUAUCUUUCAAAAUCUUUUGAUAUUGAAGAUGAUAUGGAGUUCUGCCCGGACAUACCCGAGCAAUACUCAACCAAUAGUCCGCCUAUGAAAAAAUUCAAUGCUCAUACGGCAAUGAGUUUUUCGCCAACGACUCAAGCGGAGAAUAUGAACAAUCACCAGCAUAACCCACAGUCGCCUCGUGUGACCACGCCGAGGUUGAAGAAACCAUUAGAGAUCAUCAAUCCGCAGACCCGGAUGCGGGUUGGGUCACCAGCCAUGCAAAACAAGUGA